ACUGCGGUCUUUGUUCGGGACCGCCUUCCUGCCGUCUCUUCACUACUCUUCCUGGUUUGUUCAAGUGGAUGUCACACAGCGUUUGUCUGCCAAACAAGUCCAAAGUUGUCCCGACACUGGAGGAGGAUGAACCCGGCGGCGAGGACACGACAACCGGGCGACGUCUGAUCAGUGUGUCAAGCUCGUUUUACAAAAUGAGAAACAGACGUUAUGUUUCCCGCGGCGGCGGUAGCGGGCUAGCUGCUAGCUGCUAACGGUCUGUUACUGUUAGCGUCGACUGUCUAGUUUGAGACGUUGCUCGGUCAAGUUUGACCACCGACGACUAGAAAAGUACCCCCCGAGAAAACACAGAAGAGGACAAACAUGGAGAACAAGGACAAAGUACAGAUGAGGAGUCACCCUCGCAGGCAGUUUAAGAAGCUGAGCGAGGACAGCCUCACCAAGCAGCCAGAGGAAGUCUUUGAUGUCCUGGAGAAGCUGGGUGAAGGGUCUUAUGGCUGUGUGUUUAAAGCCCAUUAUAAAGAGACGGGGGAGAUUGUAGCCAUCAAACAAGUUCCCGUGGAGUCUGAUCUUCAGGAGAUUAUCAAGGAAAUCUCCAUCAUGCAGCAGUGUAACAGUCCCCAUGUGGUGCGGUACUAUGGCAGCUACUUCAAAAACAGCGAUCUGUGGAUCGUCAUGGAAUAUUGUGGAGCCGGAUCAGUGUUAGAUAUCAUCCGAAUACGCAGCAAGACGCUAACAGAGGAGGAGAUAGCUGCCAUCGUGCAGUCUACCUUAAAGGGUCUGGAGUAUCUUCACUUCAUGAGGAAAAUCCACAGAGACAUCAAAGCAGGCAACAUCCUGCUGAACUCAGAGGGUCAGGCCAAACUGGCCGACUUUGGAGUUGCUGGACAACUCACAGACACCAUGGCGAAGCGGAACACAGUCAUCGGCACUCCGUUCUGGAUGGCUCCGGAGGUCAUACAGGAGAUCGGCUACAACUGCGUGGCUGACAUCUGGUCUCUGGGAAUAACGGCUAUAGAGAUGGCUGAGGGGAAGCCGCCCUACGCCGACAUACAUCCCAUGAGGGCCAUCUUCAUGAUUCCCACCAACCCUCCCCCGACGUUUCGGAACCCAGAUCAGUGGUCUCAACCGUUUAGAGACUUUGUCAGCCAGUGUUUAGUGAAAAACCCAGAAAACAGAGCGACGGCCACGCAGCUUCUACAGCAUCCAUUUAUCAAGUCAGCCAAGUCCAGUUCCAUCCUCAGGGCCUUAAUCACAGAUGCCAUGGAGAUCAAACUGAAGAGACAAGAGGAGGCAGAACAGCGAGAACAAGACGCAGAAGAUGAUGACAACUCGGAUGAUGAUGAGGUUGACCAGGGGACCAUGGUGCGAGCGGGCACCGGCGACUCAGGAACCAUCCGGGCCGCUGGUUCAAGUUCUCGAGGCAGUACGGCACGGACCAUGAUCCAACACGAGGACACGGGAACCUUGCAGUCACAGCUCGGCACCAUGGUCAUCAACCCUGAGGAUGAGGAUGAGGAAGAAGCUGGUACUAUGAAAAGGAGAGAUGAGACAAUGCAGCCAGCCAAGCCGUCCUUCCUGGAGUACUUUGAGCAGAAAGAGAAGGAGGCCAACAGUCACAAUGAUGGAGGAGGAAGAGGAGAAAACAACGCAGACAACCGCAAACUGCCCCCUGAAGGAGAUCUGGAAGUGGUGAGUACCUGGUCGGUGGAGGAGCUGCGGCUGCGUCUGGCCUCUCUGGACCCGCAGAUGGAGCAGGAGAUCGAGGAGAUCCGUCAGCGCUACCAGGCCAAGAGACAACCCAUCCUGGACGCCAUCGAAGCCAAGAAACGACGGCAGCAGAACUUCUGAGAAGAACCUGCCGAGCUUCUUACGGCAACAACUGGAUAUUUCAUCUCAACUUUUCUCUGCAGCAGUUUGUGAAACGUUACUCGGACUGCGCUGCGGUUUCCGGACAGACAGCCGGAUGUAACGGUGUGAUUUUGGAAAACUAUGAUCUUCACUUUGGAUGUCAAACUGCUGAGUACGUUACUUCCAAAGAGCUUCUUCUCUGUUUGACUGGUUAUUAUUGACAUUUAUUGUGACAGUUUGAUUUUGGGAUCCAUUUCCCUUCCUUUCUGCCUUCGUGAGAUCAUCUGGAGUCUUCAAGAAAGUUUUUACAUCUCCAAGUUUCAACAGUUUAACAAUUGAGAACAUUUAAUGUUUUUUUAUCAUCCACAGCUGGACGUUUCUUUCUGGUUGUUUCAAACUUCUGCUCAGUUGUCUUAAGACACAGUGAUGAUUGUGUAAAAGCUCCUCACAUCUCUUUGAGUUUUUGUUGUUUUUUUUUUAUCAUGUGGUACAAUAUUGUUUUAACUGCUCAUCAGGUACUCAUCAGUUAAUUUCUUUAAUUGUUUCCUGUCAUUGUUGUUGUUUGCUGCUGAGCUUCUCAGUGUUCAACUCUGGACUGUGAAAGUCUGGAUGAGAGUAGUCAUUCCUUCUUCUUGAAAAAAUACACAAAAAGAUAAAAUGCAGGAUACAAAUGAUUAGUUUGUUCAGCACAUCUAAUGUCAUAAUACGUCGGUCAGUGUGAUCACGAGACACAUUUUCAAAACCUUUCAAAACAUUUAUCAGAACGAUGAAACAUGAACGAACCGUUUAUCUGCAAUCAGCUGUGUUGACUUUGUGUUCAUGGCUAAAAGGAUUCAUCUUUAAUCUUUUACCCUCCUGAACUCUUGAAUCUGGCUGCGUCUUCACACAGUUUGCCAGCAGAAGGUUCCUCACUGUAAACUUUUAAAGAUGCUUAUUACAUUUUUACAUUUUAUUCAUUUGACAAAAAUGAGCUUUGAAAACUCAAUUUCUUUAAUUCGGUUCCUGCUGGUAAGUUUUCUGUUUUUACAUACAGCCGUUGGUGAAGUCCCCUGUUAUAAUUCACCGUCUUCUAGCUCUACAGAUGAGUUACUAUAGGAAGUUACAUAGAUCCAGUUUGUUAUAUCAGGCUACAUGUUUGUGUCUCAACCAGAUAGUCACUAGAAUGAUUCUUACAUUUUCUGUCAGCUAAAAGGAAAGUGGCAGUUAAAUUUUAAAGAGUCUUGGGAAACGGGGACUCCUCGAUGUAGAGAAGGAUAUAAUUAUUUAAAAAGUUCAGCAAAUGCAGCUACUCAUUAGAAUAAGAUAGUUUUCCUCUAAGAUCACCUCAUUUCUUCAAGUUACACUUAAUGCCUGGAAGAUGAUGAUGAUGAUGAUGUUUCCUCUUAAUGGAUUUAACUGGAUAUUAGACUAAGCUCCCAUUAACAACAGGACAAGUUAAAGACAAAUAUGAAGAAUUAACAGAUUGUCUUUGAGAUGAAAGUGGUUCCUAAGAUCAAUCUGAGGAGCCACGAGAUGAUUAACAGCAUAAGAAAGCACAAAAAUUCAAUAUUUCUAACCCAAAAUUAUAUUUAUUUUUUCAGAUUUUCCUCCUAUUUUUUAAAUAUCUGGGUAUUUUAACCACUUCAGGUCUUAAAUAAUCACUUUUUGGUUUAUUUAAAGCCAGAAAGGUUGAGAACCGUUGACCUGACACACACCUGCAUUUGAAUGUCUUAAUAUCUUUUAUCUCAAGCUGGACUUCAUGUUUUUAUUUUAAACUUUCUGAAGUUAAAAAUGUACGAAACUGCACAAAAUGUUUGUAAGAGAACUGAAUCAGAUUCUAACAGUUUGACCUUUGUUCGACCUUCUUCUUUUUUUUUUCAUAUUUCAGUGAGUAUUUUUCUUCCUGCGUAAGCAAAAAAAAAAAAAAAAAAACAAGGCCUGGGUCGACAGAUUUAUGGAGUAGAUUCAACAAAGCUUUUAUUUCCUGGAUUCAUUAGUUUUAUCUGGCACAGAGGACUCAACGAAAAAAAAAAAGUGCCAAGAAGCCGCACCCAUGAUGCACUGCGAGCGGACCGAAGCUGGCGUGGACCCAGGUCUGAUUUACUUCUAACAUUCCUCGGAGCACCAGACACAUAUUUAUGAACCAUCCAGCACAAAAACAUAAGGGACGAGUUCUAUUUUUCUACGUAUGUUUAGCGGUUACACGGUCGGCUACGAGAACGUUUUCUUCUCAGGUCAUAAAACUCCUCAGGGGUGUAAAAAUAAUGACAGUAGUGAUGAUGAUGAAAAAUUACUGUAGAUUAGAGUUUAAAGACCCUUCACACACACACAGUCAUGUCUGUAUAUAUCUGCACCGCUGGGUUGUAUUUGUAUAUUGUGAUUAAUCUGCUGAGUUGAGGUUUAAUCCCAAGAGGAGACAUUUCUCAUUAAGUUAUUAUCUUUUAAAUACGGAGCGGUUAUCAACAGACAAACAUGGCUGUCGGAUGUUUUUGGAGCAGAAACCUCCCAGCUGGACGAGUUCUAGUCUAAACCUGAUGACUAAAUGCUGUAUGAACCUGCAGACUGUAAGAUAAUGACUCAUUAUGACCACAGUUCAUUUGUCAUUGUCACUUAUGUGUUACAUGCAAAGCAAAAGGGAAUUUUUCUUUCUGCCUUGCCAACUUUUUUGGAUGUACUGCUGUUUAUUUUUUUAUUUUAAGAGUGAUCUAAAAUAUAGAAACUGUUUUUUCUGACUUGAUUUUGAUCGAGUUGAUGGAAGAUAUGAAAGUGUUUUGUGUUGUUAUUAAAUGUAAUGCAGGAUGUGUUUGGUGCUGGCAGAAAUUAAGUCGUAAUCACUGGAGAAGAUUUAGAGUCAGAAACUUUUCUGACUUUUUGGAAUCAGUUUUAACACAAAAACCACUGUUUGUUUUCUGCUUUCUUUUGUCAAAAUGCUUUCUGUGAUUGUCUCAACUUUGAACUCAACGUUUUUAUACAUAAACUGGUGACUAACGAGGCCGAAACAACGAA